AUGGGCAAUCGUAUUUCCAGACGCGGCGAGGAGUUUUCGAGUGGAAAAGAAACUCCCGCCGCCAGUAUGGGUGACGGCGGCGAUGCAGGCCACCUCGACGGCCACAGCGCCACCACCACCAUCAACGGUGAAGCAGCCGUUUCCAAAACCACAAUCGCCACCAACGGACAGCACAGCACCGGCGCGCAGCCGCCGGUGCUCAUCAUCGGCGCCGGCCCCAGCGGGCUGCUGCUCGCGCAGUCGCUGCGCCGGCGCGGCGUCGCCUUUCGCAUCCUGGAGCGCGACGCCGACUUCACGACCCGCGGCGUCGGCUGGGGCCUGACGCUCAACUGGGCGCUGCCCAUCAUGCGCGCGCUGCUGCCCGACGGCCUGGGCGACCCGGACACGCUGCGCGCCAUGGCCUGCGUCGACCGCCGGGCCGUCGAGGACGGCAGCGUCUCGCGGUUUCCCUACUACGACCUGACGACGGCGGAGCGCAUCGCGGCGGCGCCACCCGCGCCCGAGACGGCCCGCCUGCGUGUGACCCGAGAACGCCUCCGGAGCCUGCUGGCGACGAAUCUUGACAUUGAGUGGAACAUGAACUUUACUGCGUCCGAGGAUCACGGCGACUCCAUCACGGCUCACUUUGAAGACGGCUCUGCCAUCGAGGGCAGCCUCGUCGUCGCCUGCGACGGCGCCAAGUCGCUCCUCCGCAAAGAAUUAUUCGCCCAGCAGGACAAGGAGCACACAAAGGCGCUGCCGAUCCGCAUGCUCGGCGUCAAGCUGUCCUGCACGCCCGAGGAGAUUGCCGGGCUGCGCAAGAUGGACCCCUUUUUCCUACACGGCACCAGCUCCCACGACAAUUCGUUUGGCUACUUUAGCAUCCUUGAUGCUCCCGGCAACACGAAAGAGAGCACCGACAACUACCUGCUGCAAAUCUGCAUCUCGUGGCUCGAGCAGGCGGCCGGCUUCCGCGGCCAGGAGGAGCCCACCGCCAUCCCCGAGACGAACGAGGGCCGCGUGGAGCUCUUCAGGAGCAUUGGCGCGUCGUGGGCGGAACCGUUCAGGUCCAUCGCGAUGAAGGUGUGCGACGACGACGAGGUCAAGGGCCUCAAGCUCAUGGACUGGGUCCCGCCCGAGGACCUGCGCUCCAGCGGCCGCGCAGUGCUGAUGGGCGACUCGCUUCAUGUGAUGACCAUGUUCCGUGGCGACGGCGCCAACCACGCGCUGGCCGAUGUAGAGGACUUUGACAGGCACGUCGUGCCGCAGCUGGUCAAGGCUGGCAGCACCACGACGACGGAGCUCCGCGAGGCGCUGUCACGGUACGAGGCGUCGGUCAUUAUGCGCGCACGACCUGGCAUCUUCGCCUCGCGACAGGCGGGCCACGAUGCGCACGAUUUCGAAAAGAUGACGAUGAAGAGCCCGCUGCUGACGCCGCGCAUGAAGAAUCUCAACUACGAAGAGCCCAGCUGA